AUGGAUAUUCAUGCAUCCGUCCUGAACGUGCCGAACGAACUUUGGGAUCUGACGUUCUCAUAUCUGAACAUGAACGACAUCCUCAAUUUGAGCAAGACACAUCGAGUCUUCCAACACUCGGCCCGAAGGAGUCUGUACAAGCGCGUCUACAUACCGUUGCAGCGUAACAAGGAUGCUCAAGAUUUUGGAGAUCUACAGCUUUUCUUGGAGUUGGCUUUGGAAAGCGCGUCAUUUCGUCCUUAUGUCCACGAGCUUCAGCUCGAGUACACCUCGGGCUUUGUAGACAACGGCGAGUUUCCUCGAUUCCACAGGCGUCCUUCUAUCGAGGACCGGAAAGUGUACUUGCGAGAGAUCUCCUGGAUUAAGAAUCGCACUGUUCAGAAGCUCGUUGCAAGCCUUCCUUCGCUACACACAGUCACGAUCUAUAUCAAAGGCAAUCCCUGCAGUCGCCAGCUUGAACAGGCUUUCGUGAGGCUCUUGCGCGUCGCUUUGCACAGCUGUCCAGUUGAAAUCCGUCUCUUAUGCGCUGGGGUAUACGCAGGGCCAAUAACUGAACUCGCUAAGGUUCCUCGGGUCACUUCAAUAGCCUUUGAUAGCCCUGUACCUCAAGCCUUUCGGGGCCCGCCUGUCCGCGAGACGGAAAUCGAGUACCUCACACACCUGGGUCUUCUGCAAAACACGACAAACCUUGACCUGGGUUAUAACAUCAUCACAGACGCAGAAGCCCUUGGAAAACUCAUCAGAAACUUCCCGAAAAUCUCGAGCUUGACUCUGUGGCUACGAGACACCGUAUCUCCGGCGGAGCUUGCACGCACUUUGGAGCCGGUGGACACGCUACGCACCCUCCACGUUCGUCGAGAGCAUGCCUGUUUUGCUAGGUCCUCCACAGCUCAAGGUCUUGAACCAGCAGACUUUGGCUCUUUCAAGACACUUCGAGAACUGCAAAUUGGUUCAAGCGCUAUGUUGAAGCAGCUUCCGUGUGAUAUGCCCCCCAACGCUACAACGGGUUUCAUAUGGUACUUCGACCAGUCCGAACGCGAGGCCAUGUUCAAGCAUCUACCACCCCAUCUCGACAACCUCGAGAUCAUGUUCGAGUGGCCUAACAGCAUCUUCGCCGCGGGCGCGUCUUACCAUACCCAGUUCAAAGAGUUGCCAGAGUCGGUGAAGGAUAAAGGAUUCGGAUGGAUGAAACGGCUGUUGGAAAUGGGUAUUCCGAAAGUUGUCUUGCGGGAGAAAGAACAUGGGUGUGCAACUUGGGGCCGUCGUCGGCACGGAAAACUGACCAAGAAGAUGAAGCUGCCGAAGACGGUGCGGGAGAAAUGCGUCGAGGCUGGUGUCCGGCUUGAAGUUUGGUUGUUGGAGCCUAACAGGGAUCCAAAGAUGGUGUCUACCUAG